AUGUCUCCUGAGAUGGCGCAAAUAGCUGGUAACGUGGGGCUUUUACCAGAAACCCGUGUUUUAGAGCAGCUACCGCCCGAACUGGUAGAAAUUCUCCACACAAGCAGUUCGAAUCCAUCCUCAUGCCAUGAUACCCUGGCACUCGCAGCAUUACGACCAAAUUAUACCAACACAUUGUUUUCACUCUAUGAACCAAUCUUUGUGGAUUUGGCUGCAAGAUGGAUUUACUUGGACUCCCAUGAAUACUUUGUGCGAGUCAUAGCUGCAUUUGCACGAAUUUUACCUUUUGCGCCUUACCUUAGACCAUUGGCAGAUGUUGCCUCAAGGGACCUCAAAGGUAGUGGCCUACCCUCCUCAGAGGAGCCGGGCAAGUUUGGGAACCUGCAGGUGGAAGACGAAACCCUUAUUUCUCUCCUCCUUGCUCUUUUUCGCCUUCUUAGUUUCGACUUGGAGAGCUUUUCGCCCAUAGUCUCCCCAUCCCAACUGCAGUCACUCUUUAAUCGGUCCAAUCAUGUCAUUAGAUAUCUUGCAAUACGGUGUUUUUGCUUGUACAUGCAUGCUGCUGACGCUGCGCUCGAGAGAAUGUUAAGCAAGUAUCAUGAUGGAACCGCAAUCAAUGGACCGUGGGAGGAUAGAACCAUUGAUUACCGCUUCCUGAGUAUUUGGGAAGAGAAAAGAUGGAUUGGACUCCAGAAUGAACUUGAGAAUGCACGAAAAUCACGCGAUGAUUUAGUUGUGGAAGCUUGGACUAAGCAACUUCGAAAAUACUUCACUUGCCAUACUGCCGAAAUUGGCGGUGUUCUUAUUCCGACGAUUCAUCAGAGAAAUAAAAUAAAAGUAUCCUCUCUCGUGGAGACACCAACGGUUCUACGGAAUCUACGCGCUCUCGGUAAUUCUCUCCUUUCAACGGACCCUCUGUUAUUGGUUGGCCUGCCUGGCGCUGGAAAGACUUCACUUAUUAAUGAAGCUGCCAUCCAACUGGGCCAGUCAUCAUCCAUGGUCACACUUUAUUUGAACGAACAGACAGAUUCCAAAAGUUUGCUAGGGGUCUACUCGACAUCAUCUCCGGCUGGUUCAUUUUCUUGGCAACCCGGCGUUCUAACGAGGGCCGCCAGGGAAGGCAGAUGGGUUGUGAUUGAGGAUUUAGAUCGUGCUCCUUCCGAAGUACUCGGGCUUAUUCUCCCGCUUAUUGAAAAGAGGGAACUAAUCAUCCCGAGCAGAAAUGAACGCAUACGUUGCGCCGAUGGCUUUAGGGUUAUUGCUACAAUGAGGUCUUCUAUGAAUGCAAAUGGGAAGGAAAUAACUCCAAGUAGCAAUAUGUUGGGGAAUAGACUAUGGAAUCGAAUCCAAGUGUUGCAGAUGCCCCCUCGGGAAGUUAAAGAAGUUAUUAUUCAAAAAUUUCCACUUCUUUCUUCUCGGGUAGAGAUGAUCAUGAAUACGUUCAACCGUAUCACAUCAUUAUCCAACGGUGCCGUUUCUCGAAAAUUUAUGACGGGGAGACAACCUAGCCUUCGUGACUUGAUCAAACUGUGCUACAGAAUAGAGCAGCGUCUGCGGAAUCUUGGAUGUGAAACGGGCUAUGAAGCGGUUCCCGACGGUACUAACGACGAAAUCUUCAUGGAUACAGUAGACUGUUUUGCGGCAUAUCUCCCAAAAGGGCUUCUUCAAUCAAAUGUGACGGAUUCUAUUGCAGAGGAAAUGCAGAUCUCCCCGCAGCGGAUGAAGUUUUGCUUGUCCGAACGUACCCCAAAAUAUCUAGAUUCUCACAGCACAGUGACUAUCGGAAGAGAAGCGUGCCAGAAACGCAAGGGGCUUGGUUUGCGGAACGUUGUUCCAUCGAUGGCGGACAAGAGCACUUUUGCACCCACUCGAGCUUCUCUGAAAACAAUGGAGCAAGUUGUCUCAGCCUUGCAGCUCUCAGAGCCAAUUUUGCUUGUGGGGGAAACUGGAAUUGGCAAAACUGCAAUGAUACAGCAACUUGCCUCCCUCUUGCGCCAGCGUCUAACUGUUGUAAAUUUGUCUCAACAAAGCGAAAGCACGGACUUGCUAGGCGGCUUUAAACCGGUGAAUGUUCGAUCACUUGCUGUCCCCUUGGUCGACGAGUUCACCGUCCUGUUUGAAUCCACCUUUUCAGCUAAAAAGAACCAGAAGUUUUUGUCUUCCGUUGCGAAAUGCGUAACUACCGGCAACUGGCUUCGUUUAGUUAAUAUUCUUAAUGAGGCUGUUAAGAUGUCAUACGGCGUCUUUGAAUCGAUGCAGAAAAACAAAACUGAAAUGACGGAUGGCGGCUUAGAAAAACCUUCGAAGAAACGAAAACUCGACGAUUCCAAAUAUGCCAACCUCCGCCAAAAGUGGGAGGUGUUCUCCAGGGAAUUAAAACAAUUCGAAGUCCGUAUUUCGGAGGGGGAUAGCAAGUUUGCUUUUGAAUUCGUUCCAGGGAAGAUUGUCAAAGCUCUGAGAAAUGGGGAGUGGGUGUUGCUCGAUGAGAUAAAUCUCGCCUCCCCUGACACUCUAGAGAGCAUCGCCAGCCUCCUUCACCAUGGACGUGAUGGAUCCCCAUCCGUCCUUCUUUCUGAAGCUGGGGAAGUUGAACGUGUUUAUGGUCACCCGAAUUUCCGAAUUUUUGGAGCCAUGAACCCGGCAACAGAUUCUGGAAAACGAGAUUUGGCUCCUGGUUUACGGUCUAGAUUUACGGAGAUAUACGUUAACUCUCCUGAUACUGAAAUCGAUGAUCUUAUAACUUUGAUAGACGCCUACUUGGAACCAUUAACGAAUGCGGACGUAAAGGUUACUAUCGCUCUUGCUCGUCUAUACCUUGAUACGAAGAGGUUAAAUGUGGAGAAUAAACUGGAAGAUGGCGCCGGCCAGAAACCCCAUUUUAGCAUUAGAACCCUUGUUCGAUCUUUGAUAUACGUGAGGAAUCAAGCGCAUAUUUACGGACUCCGACGAGCAAUAUAUGAAGGAUUCUGCAUGAGUUUCUUGACACUACUAAGCAAGGAGUCCGAACUCCAGAUCAUCCCUCUUCUAGAUCAGUAUAUAUUUGGGAGCCUGAAGAAUUCUCGAUCGGUUUUGUCCCAAACUCCCAAGCCUCCUAAUGAUGGCAUCACUUAUGUUCGAUUCAAUCAUUAUUGGAUGAGACAAGGAGCAUUUUCGAUAGAGACCCAACCCCAUUAUAUUAUCACACCGUUCAUUGAAAGGAACUUGAUGAAUUUAGUAAGAGCCAGUUCUACGCGACAGUUUCCAAUUUUGCUACAAGGUCCAACUUCUUCUGGAAAAACUAGCAUGGUAGAAUACCUUGCUAAGAUUUCAGGCAAUCGAUUUGUCCGAAUCAACAACCAUGAACAUACUGACCUUCAGGAAUAUUUGGGAUCAUACAUAUCUGGCGAAGACGGCAGCUUGAGAUAUCAGGAAGGAAUACUAGUGGAGGCGCUAAGGAAUGGAUAUUGGAUUGUUCUGGAUGAACUUAAUUUAGCUCCAACUGAUGUCUUGGAAGCGCUCAACCGUUUGUUGGAUGAUAAUAGAGAACUAUUUAUCCCUGAGUCCCAGGAAGUCGUUCAUCCGCAUCCCAACUUUAUGCUAUUUGCAACCCAAAAUCCUGCUGGUCUCUAUGGUGGUCGGAAAGCGCUUUCUCGCGCGUUUCGAAAUCGAUUUCUAGAGCUCCAUUUCGACGAUAUUCCUGAGGACGAACUAGAGUUUAUUCUCAAGGAGCGAUCACAAAUAGCUCCUUCAUUUUGCACAAGAAUUGUCUCUGUUUAUCGAAAGCUUUCCCUGCUGCGACAGUCGAGCCGGCUAUUCGAGCAGCGAAACAGCUUUGCCACGUUACGUGACCUUUUCCGGUGGGCGCACCGAAGAGCCGAUAACCGUGAAGAAUUGGCUAUCAAUGGUUUUAUGCUUUUGGCGGAAAGGGUGAGGAACCCGAAAGAAAGGGCUGCUGUAAAGCAAGUGAUCGAGGAGGUUAUGAGGGUAAAACUUGACGAAACAGCCCUUUACGGUGCCGAGAGGCUUGAUACGCGGCUCCAGGAGCUUUCAGCUAUUGCUCCAACAGGUAUAAUAUGGACACAAGCCAUGAGAAGGGUGUUCAUGUUGGUUUCACGAGCAAUUGAACACAAUGAACCUGUUCUUCUUAUUGGGGAGACUGGAUGCGGUAAAACCCAAAUCUGUCAAGCUAUUGCAGAUAUGUAUGGAAAGCAACUUUACACCGUUAACGCCCAUGUUAACCUCGAGACUGGAGACAUCAUUGGCGCGCAAAGGCCCUUAAGAAAUAGAUCUGCGAUCGAAGGACAACUUUUGACGGAUCUGUCAUCUGCGUUGAAAUCCGUCAACGCAUACGAUGAAAGCAGUGAUAAGUCUAUCGACAAUCUAACACGAGCAUUUUCUACCUUGACCACCCGGGAAUUAGAUAUGUGCGAGCCAAACCUGGUGAAUCGAAUACGGGAAAAUAUGGCGAGAGCGAAAGCCCUAUUUGAAUGGUCCAACGGCAGUCUCAUAACGGCAAUGGAGUCUGGUCAGCACUUCCUUCUUGACGAAAUUUCACUCGCGGAAGACUCAGUCCUGGAACGUCUUAAUAGUGUUCUCGAACCCCAUAGGUCUUUGCUACUUGCCGAGAAGGGUCCUAUUGAUUCUUUGGUGGUUGCGAAAGAUGGGUUUCAGUUUUUGGCAACAAUGAACCCAGGCGGAGACUAUGGAAAAAGGGAACUCUCCGCUGCCCUAAGGAACCGACUCACUGAAAUUUGGGUACCUCAACUUUCGGAAGCAGAAGAUGUCCUCCCAAUUUUGUACGCAAAACUUGUGUCACCGAUUCAGAGCGCGCCGAACGCAAUGUUAACGUUUGCAAAAUGGUUUAAAGAAACCUUCCAGAGCGCUUCAGCUGAAUCGAUAUCUAUCCGUGACCUAUUAGCUUGGGUGGACUUUGUAAAUCAAUGCAAACACCUCGACGAAAUUUCCGCAAUCGUUCACGGCGCGGCUCUGGUAUACAUUGACACCCUAGGCGCCAAUCCUUCUGCUAUGCUUGCUUCGGGCCCGGAAAAUCUCAAACAUGACCGACUUACGUGUCUUAAUAGAUUAGGUAAAAUUUUUGGCUUUGAUGCUGUCUCAAUCUACUUUCAGGAGACUUCUAUAUCUGUUGAAAGGAGCAAGAUGAGAAUUGGACCGUUUGUUUUGGAGAUGGGUGCCGAUUCUGCGCAUGAUCCCUACUUUUCCUUGGACGCGCCAACCACAGUUGCAAACUCGCUGAGGAUUGCUCGAGGCCUUCAGUUAGCCAAGCCCAUCCUUCUUGAGGGUAGCCCUGGUGUCGGGAAAACAACACUUGUUGCUGCUCUUGCCCAAUCUCUUGGGAAGCCCCUUACGAGAAUUAAUCUUUCUGAUCAGACUGAUCUGACAGAUUUGUUCGGGUCGGACGUCCCAGUCGAAGGCAGUGAUAUGGGAAGAUUUGCUUGGAGCGAUGCACCAUUUUUACGAGCUAUGCAAACAGGUGGCUGGGUUCUUUUGGACGAGAUGAAUCUUGCCUCUCAAUCUGUAUUGGAGGGUUUAAACUCUUGUCUAGAUCACCGUCAGCAAGUUUAUAUCGCCGAGUUGGGUCAAACGUUUAAACGACAUCCCAACUUUGUGUUGUUUGCAGCACAGAAUCCCCAUCACCAAGGCGGCGGACGGAAAGGCCUUCCUGCUUCAUUUGUGAACCGUUUUACCGUGGUCUAUGCAGACUCUUUCAGCAGUAAUGACCUGAAGAUGAUCUGCAAAAAGUUGUCUCCUGGGACUCCUGAAGCUGAAAUUCAACAGCUGGUAGAUUUCGUUUUAUCUCUGAACUCGAAAAUAACGAAUGACCGAAGCCUGGGAACUAUUGGGGGACCUUGGGAAAUUAAUUUGCGAGAUAUUUCAAGAUGGCUUAGGCUCCUUGAAUCGACCCCAGUCCGAAUUUCGCCCUCCCAGUUCCUCGAUGUUGUGAUUAACCACCGGUUCCGCACACCUGCAGAUAGAGCUCUCGUUUCAUCUUUAUAUGCCCACAUAUUUGGAUCAUCUCCUGCAAUUAAAAGCUAUUUCCAUAACCUUGGCGUAUCGCAAUAUCAAGUUGGCCUUGCGGUCCUUCAACGCAACCAGCUUGUACAAAAUUUCAAUGACUCUCAUAUCAGGAUACUUCCCGGCGACUUACCGACUAUGGAAUCGUUGAUAUUGUGUAUAGAGCAAGGUUGGCCUAGCAUCCUCGUUGGACCAUCCGGAUGCGGGAAGACAACCAUUUUGCACAAGCUUGCUGUUUUGAGUGGUUCUAAAAUUGUUGAAUUGGCAUUGAACGCCGACACCGAUACAAUGGAUCUUAUAGGUGGCUUUGAGCAAGUAGACAAUGACCGUCAUCUACUAAGUUUUCUAGAUGAUCUUUUACAGUUUCUCCGGGAUCAAGUUAUCCACACUCAAACAUUUGCUAGACAGGAAGGCGUUGAUAGUGAACUCUUACGAUUUUACGACGCUGUCAAAACAAAUACAGCCCAGCUUGAAACCAUCUCGGAUGCGCUACACAAUAUCUCCCUUAAGGGGUUACAUCCAAGCUUUUCUAAGUUCCAUGAACGCGCCAAGGCAUUGCUCAAAUCAACCUCCGACAGCAAGACAAUCGGAUUUAAAUGGACCGAAGGCAUAUUUAUCCAAGCAGUUCAAAACGGAGACUGGGUGGUCCUAGACAACGCCAAUCUUUGUAAUCCAUCUGUUCUGGAUCGACUAAAUUCGCUUAUGGAACCAAACGGCUGUUUAGUUAUCAAUGAGCAGCGAACAGGUGAUGGCACUGCGAAGAUAGUGACACCUCAUCAGAAUUUCCGACUCUUCCUCACUAUGGAUCCACGCCAUGGUGAGUUAUCACGAGCAAUGAGAAACCGGGCUAUCGAGAUAUACUUUCCGCCUAGUGCCAACAAAGUUAUAUCUACGUCUCCAGUGAUAUUUUAUACGUCAGAAUCAUCAAUGUACCGCAUCCGUUGUGCUCAAAGUUCCAUUUAUUGCGGAACAUCCGCGGACAAUGAAAGUGAUAAUUUGGAGGUGUCUCUUGAUCACUUAGCCAGGCACGAUUUUUGCAACAUCCAGAAAUCCUCAGCUGCUUCCAUCGAUCUAUGGACUGCCAAUAUGAGGACCCCGACGAUUCUUCGUCAAACUUUCGAUCGCUACAACGCCUUGUUGAACCGCGACAUGGUGCAUCCUUUGAAACGUGUUCUGCCUAAUGGAAGAUGGAAUGAAAAGAAGUUUUUGAACUUCCAACAAAAUAUUGAACCUCUGCAUCCAUUAAUCAACGAGCCACGAAUAGUAGCUUGCAUAGUCCCAGAAUCACAAUCUUUUCUAGCACAGCUAGCCAAACUUCAGGAGCUACAAUCCAACGUUUGGUAUUUCCACCAGGUUUUGUCCCAAGUCCACGACAAUUCGUUGACCAAAAAGCCCUCAGAAAUGAACAGACUGGAAAGGUCAGUUGCUUCAAAAAGGAUUCCAGCGCUCAUGAAGGAAUCAACACAGCCAGUCGCUUUGUGCCUUUCCAACUGCGUCCAGUCUUUGAGUCAUACAAUUGAGAGCGUCAAUUCCGACAUGUUUCGCUUGGUUGACGUGACUGCCAUAGUCAGUUUAAUUUUGGAACUGUGCUUGGACAUCUUCCGCAUCGUUCAAGCAGACGACUUUGACGAGGGAAUAUUCCAAACGUAUUUGCAACUUGGACAGUCUGUUUAUUCACGCUUCAAAGAUGUUAAGCUUGAUCUAGUCACGGUUCUAUCUCAAUCUCUUGAUACCUUCCGUGCCAAUUGGGGCCUGUCUACCGGACAGAGUAUGCAGAGGAUGUGGAACAACUGGAGGCCAGCCACACCAAUUGACUCUGAUCAUUUGAAACUGAUGACAGACUUGCAACAAGUUGCUGCCCGCUUUGAUCACAUUACUCUCAAAACAACACUUCCCUUCCCACAACUCAACCGAUUUCGCCAUUCGCUAGUGCAAGCGCAAAUCACACUGCUACAGGGGGCAGAGGCGAAUGGUCUGAUUCAGGACCUUCAACAAGUGAUUAAUGACCUCGAAACUCGCGUGCUAGAUUCCAGCUUGGUGUCAUGGCCUUACUUCUCCUUGGAGUUUGAAGCUCUGUCCCAGUACCAUGAUCUUAAUGAUUCCAACUCACCCAGUAAUUCGGACACAGCACCUCUGUUCCCUGGUGUGCUGCAGCUACUUGCAGGACGCCCAUCUCGUCCCCAUGAUAUCUCGAUCCUCGCGAACCCCAUCCCUGAGCUUCUGUCCAGAAUUUCACGGUUCUCAGGUUUCCAAUCCUUCUCACGUAAAGCAUUUGCCCUUCGCGGAACCAUUUCAUUGUCAUUGAUAGAAAAACUAACAUCUCUUGGAAAUGUGCCUUUGAAAGGAAUGGCUCUCCUUGGUUCUGAACUUAAUUUCAUAGCUAAAGGCUUCUGCUCGAGCACCAGCCAAAUCGUGCAUGAUCAGUUUUCGAUGCUCCAAAAGCAACUAACAAUGGUGCUUCAAGAACUUUUGUUUUGCCAUAAGGAUUUAAUCGACCCUGCUUGCUUCCAAAACGCAAAUUCCUAUCUACAGCUGUUUAGUCAUGACUUUCAAGCAAAUCAGCUGGUCAAUGUCCAGAUAUUACAGCUAAAACUGAGAGAUACUUUGGAUAAACAACACUACUUUAAUGAAUUUGCGUCGAGGUCGUUCACUAAAAUUCUCUCCGCGCUUUUGAGAUUCGAUGACGGGAGCCCGGUGGCAUACCUUCACUUGGGAGCCGCCUGUAUCCACCUUGCUAUGGCAUGCCUUCGACUCUUCGUGCCAAAUCGUCCUUUCGAUCCGUCACUUAGUUUGGUUGUACAAAGACAACAAUACAUUCAACGCGCCAUGGAAAAAGUUAAGAGACUCAAAGCAUUGAAAGAAUUUGAAUCUUCAUUCUCAGGGCAAGAGUCGAGCUUACGUAUUCGGAUUGUCGAAGAAGAGCUGCGCUUAUUAGGUUCUGCGCCGCCCUUGCCGCCGGUUUCUCGGCCCCACCCCUCCCAAUCCAGUGAACUACAGGGAGAGUUUAUUAACCUCUUAAAUUCGGUUUUGAACGAGAAUCCUGAUACAAUUCUCAAUUCCCUCCAGGAUAUGACCAAAUUGAAUCCUAUCACUAGAGUCCACCAACGAGGCGAACUUUUACGGAAGAAUAUCCAGCAAAUAUGUUUUCGCCUCACCACAAAUUAUACGGCAUACGGCGACCUAGUCAUUCCCAUCGUCCGUUUCCUGGAGUUGCUUCAUCUUGGUGUAGACUUAGUUCUGCGUCCCAAACUUAAUUCCGGAGCAGAGCAAGGUUGCAGCAUCUGGACUAUCAGCCAAAUGACACCGUUGAUGAACGGGGGAAAGGUCAAUCUCUCCGAACUGAAACCAAAAGAAUCUCGCCUACCUAACUCGGAGAAGAUAGAGAUUGGAUUGCAGCGGCUUUCAGUGCUGAAAGCGUUCCAAAAUACGGAUCCUGAGACUCUUUCAAGUGCCUCAAAUCGUGAACUUCUCCGUGAUAUUUUCCAAGACAUUUUCGCUAUUUGGAAACAGCAACUGGAAGUUGAUCAGAAUAAAGAAGCUCAAAGGUCGAACCUAUACCGGUAUCGAGGAUCGUUCGAGGAUGACCAGGAAGUAGAUGCCGAUGAGUUUUUUCAGCUAUUCCCGUCGUUUGAUGAUGGAAUUGAAAGUGAUCCUGAAAAUGCAGCUGUUGCAAAUUUUGACACCAAAGUUGUUUCUCUGAAGCUAUUUCGUGUGCUUAGUAGUCUGUUCUCUGAGAAUGAUAAGGAGUCGACACUGCGGCAUUUAGUGAUGGAUUCCACGAAGCUCCUUGGCUUGAUCAUGUCCAAUGGCUCUCCAGAACUUCCGGUCGCCGACCCCAAAUCGCAUCUGCUUGGCGCGAUUCUGUUGCUAGACGAGAUAAAAACCGCAAAGUCACCCACUUCUUACAACUUUUAUACAGAUCCGAAUUUGGUGGAAGGUGAGAAGCUCGCAGAUCUGGUUGAAAGAAUACGGCUGCGUUUCACAGAACUUCAAAAAACAUGGCCGGAACAUGCCACCCUGGGGGAUGUUAUUACCUGUUGCGGCGAGAUCUUCUUAUUCAAGCAUCAGGAACCUCUGGCGAAAUUCAUCACCAAAGCAGAAAAACUUCAUUCAUUCAUCUAUGAGUGGCAGCUUGUGGCAAGUAAGGAGUUUUCUGCUGCUAAGUGUUAUGAUGAUUUAACCGCCCUUCUAAUAAGUUGGCGACGCAUUGAACUAUCUACAUGGGCUCGCCUGUUGGACAUCGAAAAUGAAAAAUGUGAUAAAGAUGCGAGCGCCUGGUGGUUUGUUGCCUAUGAGGUGGUAAUUGCGGCGCCACUUUUACUAGUUCAAGACGGUCACCCAUUAACUGAGCACUCAAUCGAUCUUAUCGCUACCCUUGAGAAAUUUAUUUGUUCCACCCCAGUGGGCCAAUACAAGUCUAGACUUCAACUCAUCGAAAAGUUCAAGAUGCUAUUGCAGCUCUACGCAUCAGAUUUCCCUUCCCUAGACCAUUUGAGCGGUGCCAUAGACAACCUUCUUCACCACUACCUCCCUUUUGUGCCAAUGAUUGAAAAAUCACUCAAUGAGGGUCGGCAAUCAUUAGAGCGUGAUAUUCAGCAAACUAUUCAGUUGGCAAGUUGGAAAGACACAAAUAUUAACGCUCUUAAAGAAAGUGCACGCCGGUCUCAUAAUAAAUUGUUCAAAGUCGUUCGAAAGUAUCGCAGUCUUCUUGGCCAGUCCUCGGAAGGCUUUUUGAUAAAGGGGCUCCCUGAGCUGCCGGAUCACACAGAGCCCUUAUCGGAUAACCGUAUCAUACCGCCCAGCCCUGUUUCUCCUGGUGCACUUAACAUAUGCCGCGAGAAUAUCCAUGCUUGGGAUCAGAGAGCUAUUCGAUUUAUGGACCCCGACGGGGCGGUCAAGAGCAUGCAACGCGUGUACGAAAAUUCUCUAACCGGGUUAUUGGCUCACGAGGAGCUUGACGUGUUCACUCGCGACGUAAUUGAUACUAUAGCCGAAUUUAAAUCAGAAACUCCAAAGACCCUGACAGAUGAAAACAAACGCGAGAUCCAGCACCUGAAAAAUAGGAAAAAGCGAUUUUAUGCGGAAAAGCUUAAAGACCUUCGUUUCAUGGGGAUUCGUUCUAACGUCGGGACUGAUGUUCUUGAUAGUCAAAGAUCUGUUGCUGCUGUACUCUCUACGACACGCAGUCUCAUACCAUCAGCUGCAUCAGGUCAAAUCAGAAGUGCGGACUGUUACUUCCACCGAUUUUUGGACUUGGUGCCCAGAGUGCGGAUUUUGUCGCACGGGUAUUCUGAAGACCUUAGUAACGUUGAAGUUGCAAGGAGCGUAGGAUCUAUUGAGGCACUCCUUCACUGGAUAUUAAAGCAAAGAGAAACGCUGUCGUCGAAAUUGGACAACUAUACCGCGAUAGAAUCCACGGUACAACAAAUGAGGACUGUAUCAAACCCUGAAAAUGAUCUAUUAUUCAGAAGUAUCGGCUUCGCUUCAGAUCACCGUGACCUUCGAGGAUCGAUACGGUGGCUUUCUACUAUCAUUGGUGUCUGCAUUUCUACCCUUCAGAUUCAUGCAAAGCUUGCUGAGAUUGAUUCGUCUGAAGUUUUAAAAGCACUAAGUGAUUGGAAAGAGUGUCUUAGAUCGUUACUAGCCUCUAUUGAAAACUUGGAAGCUCUACCAGCUGGGUUAUCUACAAGCAUCCAUGAGAAACUAUUUUCCGACGCCCGGAGAUUAGUUAUAAACAUACGAUCCGAUGUGCUGAGAUGGAUCAAUGAACAUGCUGAGAUGGCUUUCGCAUUGGAAAAGAUUGUUCCGUGGACAGAAUCGAGCACUACAACAGCAGCACAAGACUGCAACGGUCAAAUCAACAUUUCGGUUCAAGAGUUUGACUCUCUACUCUUAACCGCAAUGGACAAAAUAUUCAUUGCCAUGCAAAGGAUUAGUUUUUCCCUAUCAGCAGCUCCGUCAUCCAAAGAUACCCCAGCCUGGCUGGCAAAAUCCGAACAAACGAUAUCAAAAGCCUGUGCAGAGCUCCACAUGAUGGAUGUAGCCACUAGCAUUUGCUCAGUGUUAGCUCGGAUUCAGGAUAUAUCUGCGACAAAUCCAAAUUGUCUUGCAGUGGUUGGCGCCGCGAUAUCCAUUGUAAUGCCAAUUACAGAACAAUAUAAGGCAAUAUGUAAUGACAUUCUCCACCGAUAUUCCACCCUUCAUCGGGAGAUUUGCAAAAUGGCUUAUCUCCUAACAAAGUCAUUUAACCAUAUCGCCUCAGAGGGGUUCUGUAGCCCUUCUGAAAGCUCAGGUGAGAAGGGAAAGUCAAACCAGUUGGAAAGCGGGACUGGACUUGGAGGUGGAGAGGGGGCUGAAGAUAUUAGCAAAGAUGUACAGGAUGAUGAGGAUUUGUCUGAAUUAGCUCAAGAGAAGCAGAAAAUGGAUGGGGAGAAGGACGAACAGGAAGAAGCAGAUGAUGCUGUGAACAUGGACCAAGAAGAUCUUGAGGCAGAUUGGAGUGAUUUUGAAGAUGAACAGGAGAAGGACAAGGGGAAUGGCUCAGACAAAGGGGAGGAGGACGAUAUGAAUAUUGAUGAAGAAACAGGUAGUGUUGAUGAGCUGGACGUGUCCACAGUUGAUGAAAAGAUGUGGGACGGAUCAAAGGAUCAAGAAAAAAAGGAUACUGAAAAUGACCAAGGAAAAGGAGAACCGGAAUCGGGGGAUAAAACUGCUGCCUCUGACAAAACAAUUGAGAAAGAUGGUCAAGAUGGAAACGGAGAGGAAAGCGAAAACGAGGACUCAGAACCUCCUGAUGAUGAAGGAGAAGCCAUUGGCAGGGAAGAUAUGGAUAUAGCUGAUCCGCAUGCGAAGGAAGAACCAGUGCUCGAUUUACCCGAAGACAUAGAGCUGGAUGGGGCAGAAAACGAAUGUAAAGACGACUCUGAUUUGGGUGAUGACCUAGGGGGAAUGUCAGAUGAUAAUGAGAGUAAAUGGGAAGGCGAACCGGACGCUGCAGAACCAAAUAACAACCAGGAUCCCGAUUCUCAAGAGCAACACGAGGGUAAAGACCAUGAAGAAGAAACCAGCGACGAAUGUGAGGAUAGUGAGACCCACCAAGGGGAACCUAAGGCUGAGGCCGAGACAGUGCCAGAGGAGGAGAAGGAAGGACUCUUGGAAGUGGAAAGAACAGAUAAUCAAGCAGAUCUGGAGAGUGUCGCUUCAAGUGAGAAAGUUCCUGAUGGUCUAGGUGUCGACCAAGAUCAAAAUCAAGAAAAGGGAGCAUCUGGCAAGGCAACCCAGGAGCAUGGCUCUAAAGACGAGGACCAGGAGCACAACCCGCCGACAGGAAAUGCUGACCAGGGUGAAAACGGGAAGGAUGCUAGUGAUGCAUUGGGCGGUCGAGAUGAUGGCAAGCUUCACGAUUCUCUAACACAAGCUUUCAAAAAACUUGGCGACAUUCUCGAGCAAUGGCAUCGCCGACAACGACAGAUCAAGGAAGCCUCCGAUAACCAAAACACUCCGCAGAAUCAAACGCAGGAUACUAACAUGGAAGACGCGGAUUUUGAGCAUCUUGCCGACGAUCAGGAUACUGCAGAUACUCAAGCUCUUGGUCAAGCAAGCGAGGAACAGGCCAAAACCCUUGAUCAAACCAACGCUGUGGAAUCCGACAUGAAUCUAGAAGAAAGCGAGUUCCUUCCAGAUGCUGGCGAACUUGAAAAUCUCCCUGUUCAACCAUUUUUAGAGGACCAAAUGGAUUUGGACCAGAAACCAGGUUUACCAGAGAACCAUGCAUCGAGUUCACUUGUUGCGGGCGACAAGUUUAGGGACAAUAUGCCAGCCGAUCACAAUAGUCAAACUGAGGAGUGUCAAGAAGUGGAAGACAUGGAUACUCAUUUAUCUGAGCUCCACGUCAGUUCAGAAUUGGCUCCAUUGACACCCCGGGAGGAAGCCCAACGACUGUGGUCUCACUACGAGUCACUUACUCACGACCUCUCUCUCUUGCUAACCGAACAGCUACGGCUAAUCCUUGCACCUACAAUGGCGACGAAGCUUCGGGGUGACUUCCGGACUGGAAAACGGCUCAACAUCAAGCGAAUCAUUCCGUACAUCGCAUCUCAAUACAAACGUGACAAGAUAUGGAUGCGACGAUCUGCCCCUUCGAAGCGAAGUUACCAGAUCAUGCUUGCCGUUGACGACAGCAAAUCAAUGCUCGAGAGUGGCAGCGGCCAACUCGCUUUCGAGACGCUGGCCCUUGUGGCAAAAAGUCUAAGCAUGCUAGAGGCAGGGGACCUCUGCGUUCUCAGUUUUGGAGAUGAAGACCACGUCCGCGUGGCUCAUGAAUUUGGCAAACCUUUCUCGUCUGAAGCAGGCGUCCGGAUCUUCCAGCAAUUCAGCUACCAACAGACUGGCACAAAUGUUCGAAAGCUUAUCUCAGACUCGAUUGCUCUGUUCCGAGAAGCAAAAGUGAAACGUUCACGUUCGAGUGGAAGCAGAGACCUCUGGCAGCUGGAACUCAUCAUAUCGGAUGGAAUCUGUGAAGAUCAUGAAACCAUUCGCCGGCUAGUUCGACAGGCACAGGAGGAGCGAAUCAUGAUAGUAUUUAUCAUUGUCGAUGCAGUGAAUGGUAAUUCUAUUCUUGAUUUAACACAAGCUAGUUUCGAGCCUGACGGCCUAGGAAAUGGGGAGAUGAAGUUGAAAAUGAAGCGCUAUCUCGAAGGGUUUCCAUUUGCGUAUUAUCUUGUGGUUAGGGCUGUACAGGAGUUACCGGAUAUUUUAAGUCUGGCGUUAAAACAAUGGUUUGCGGAGGUUGUUGAUGUAUCCGGAUAG